AUGGCACCCGCCGGAUGGCUGUCAUGUGAUGGGGAAAAUAUGUGCUGGGCACGUGAUAUAGUAGGGCUUGCCACCCUAAGCGAGCCACCAUUCCUGAUUCGAUCUAGCGCAAAAUCGUACCUACACAAGGCGCGAUCGAGAGCUUCAACUUUUCCUUUCUUCUUCAUCUUCAUCACAACACUCAACUUUGACAAGUAAGUCGCUCCUACCCUACAAUGUCCUGAUCGUUUACUCACACAUCACAGCAACUGUUAUCAGGAUGAGAGCGAAGUGGAGAAAGAAGCGCGUUAGGCGCCUCAAGAGAAAGCGCCGCAAGACUCGUGCCAGAUCGUAAGCUUUCCCCCUCCAUUGAAUUUUGGCCAUCAACACAGUUGCUAACCCCCUCGUAGCAAGUAAACACCUCACCACAACCCGAUCAAUGGUACUCGAUACCUCUCACAACAUUCGCAUCAUGACAAUGUAACCUCCAACACUACGCCAUCUCCCGCAUCAUAAACGUUCACGCCUUUUUCAGCAUUCGGUUUCCAGCACAGUUUGGGACUACCACUCGGUACAACGGUCGCCGGUGUUAAAGGAUGGAGCAGACUGAUGACGCGCAGUCGUUGGCCUUUGAUGGUUUGGAAUUUUUGGAAGCAGGAACCAGUUAAGACGUAUUUCGGAUUGUCAAGUUAGGGUUUGCCUACAAAGAAGCCAAGGAAAGAAAGCUGCCGCUGAUGCUAGUCA